AUGGAUCGUUUCCGAAAUAUCGCUGGUGAAUACGACGAUACCGCAGUUAUGGACGAUAUCAAAGCGCAAGACGAACAAACAGCUCCAGGGAGCCACCCUCGGUCGCCCAUGACAAAAACGCGGUCCAUGUCCGAUGGAGGUGGAACUCCCUCUCGACUUUCCCCUUCACCACGAAUUGUCGAAGCAUCUCGCCGGACAUCAAAAGACGACACUAGUAUUCCGACUCCUCAACCUGUCACGCCUCGCCGACCCAAUUUCUCGAAUCGCGGCUUCUCGAUACAAAUGCCCCCGCGAGAUUUCACUCCACCACCCGCGAAUUCCUACGUCAAACCUGCUCCUUUAUCACCUAAACUCGACCACUCCCAGAUAUACGCAUCUCCUACCAACAUUCUCCCUCGUCGCUCCCGCGGUCUCGACUUUUCCAGAGCUGCUACAAGCCUACAUCACUCGACCCUUGCCGAAUCUUCCCCAGACUCAUCGCCCACCGCUGGUGGUAGGGCGAUGAACAUACCGAGCCGAAGAAGUCACUAUGCAGGACCUGAACAGACAUCAACAUCUCUAUGGUCCGUUAUGGGCAAUCAGGAAAAGAUGCACAUCAGCAGCUCGCUUGGGAGUCAGGCGAUCGGCUCUGAUUCGUCCAGCAGCUCUGAUGACGAUGAGCUGAUGGAUGAAGAUAUGGACGAGAGCUACGUAACAACUCCGCAAGUCAAUAAGAUUGGUCCAGUCCUCGGCCCAGGGUCUGGUGGGACCUUUGGAUCCCCUGCUAUGAGCAGCCUCAUGAGUUUCCAACAGCGACAAAGACCCCGCAAACAAGCCAAGAAGAAGGCUCGUGGGCCUCUUGGACUGGGGUUCAGUGGCGCAUCUUUAUCCAAAUCACCACCAACUAAUUCUUCACGAGCCCGGCGUGAGAGCAUCAGUUGGCAAGCUAAUCAAUUGCACAUUUCUGGUGCAAAUUCCGAUGAGGCACGAGCAAUGGGCGACGUUGACGGCAUUGGUGAUGGUCGUAAUGUCAUUCGGAGAGUCGUAACACGACGGGGAAAUCUUUUGCCUAAAACAAAGACAUUUGCACGGAUCCGAGCUGCGCUCAUGGAGGAGAGCACCCCCGCAGAAUCUGAAUUUCGUCGCGAGGCCGAAGUUGUCAAACAAGUCCGCGAUUGCGACAUGGAGUUGGAGCCCAGAAUGUCGGAAGCGAACGUGGAAUCAACACAACCUACAACGGCUCCUUCUUCGCCUACACUAACACAACAAGAAGGUCUCAAUGAUGUCCCCGAAGACGACAUUAUGGGCGACAUAGCCAUGGGCCUUUCUAGCAGCUUUAAGCAACAUGCUAUCAAGAACUCAAAGGGCAAGACUUUCUGGGAAACAUUUUCAGAGUCAAGUAGCACUGGCGGUGCCAGAACCACACCGCCUCCCGCUGCAUUUCUCCCACGAGGAUCAUCCUCAGGUAUCAGUGAGGACGUGGCGAUGGACUCACCGUCAGUCGGUGGAGCUACUGCCCCGCAUAAUGGCGGCAAUCAACCACCUAGUGCUGCAGAAAUCACCCGAAAGAUCAAUAGUAAACGCCGCCGUGAUGAUGAUUUCGACCCCGUCAGCUUUAAACGUCGAGCCGUCAGUCCCGGUAUGAGCGUUCACAAUUCACCCGUCACGCAGAGUCCUCUCCAACGAGACGGCAUGUCAUGGGGUUCUCGUCCUGGAAGCAACGGAGGCGAUAAGGCGGGCAGCAGUGCUCCAAGUGAGGCUGGUAGCACACCAGGAAAUCUGUCUGGCAGCAGCUCUGCAGCAGGUCGCCUCAACAGCAAAGGAAGAGUCGGGUUUCAGGGAAUGGUUGAUACCCAUGAUGGUCUUAUGCGCAUGAGCAUUGAAUAA